AGUCCCUCGUCGACUCUGAGUGGGAAUCCCCGACAAAAACAACGUGGUCCACAUCGGCUCAAAAUAUUUUGGCUUAUUCUGUCGUUUCAGCUCGUCGCGUCCACUUUCACCUGUGACUCCUCUUUCUUGGACAGCGGCGGCGCGGCGUCCAAAGCACUCCUGCGCUUCGGCUCUUCCCUCAUUUUCUCUGCUGAGCGAAGGCGAGAAAUAAAUGAUGGAAGAGCAAGGUCUUGACUGCCUGACCCUGAGCCAGGACCUACCUCUGAGCCAGGAUGACUCCUUCAGGGAGCUGUGGGGGAGAGUAGUGAAUGCCUCCAUCUCUGGCAUCCCACCAACAACUGACAUGUCACAUGAGGCAUGGAGGGGAGAGAAUAUGGACAUGUUGCUCAUCCCAGAUCAAGUGUUGGAUGAACAGUUUGAUGAGAAUCUCUUUGAACUCCCACCACCGGAGAUGUUGCCUAAAGAUUGCGUUACUCCCCCAUCCUCCACUGUUCCGGUCACUACUGAUUACCCUGGGGAAUAUGGCUUCCAACUUCGCUUUCAGAAGUCUGGCACAGCCAAAUCGGUCACCUCCACUUUUUCGGAGCUCCUCAACAAGCUCUACUGCCAGCUGGCCAAAACUACCCCCGUUGAGGUGCUAGUGGCCAAAGAGCCUCCUCGGGGUGCUGUGCUGAGGGCCACCGCAGUAUACAAAAAGACAGAGCAUGUGGCCGAUGUGGUGCGCAGAUGUCCUCAUCACCAGAAUGAGGACCCUGCAGACCAUCGAAGUCACCUGAUUAGAGUGGAAGGGAGCCAGCGGGCUCUGUAUUUUGAGGAUCAGCACACAAAGAGGCAGAGUGUGACUGUUCCGUAUGAGCCCCCACAGCUUGGCUCUGAAAUGACGACAAUCCUCCUCAGCUUCAUGUGCAACAGCUCUUGCAUGGGCGGGAUGAACCGGAGGCCGAUCCUCACCAUCCUCACCCUUGAGACUCCAGAGGGAUUGGUGUUGGGUCGGAGAUGCUUCGAGGUCCGUGUUUGUGCUUGUCCGGGAAGGGACCGGAAAACUGAGGAGGAGAAUAGCACAAAGACUCAAAAUGGCACCAAGCAACCCAAGAAACGAAAGAGCACUCCAGCAGCUCCUGAGAUAAUGAAGAAGAGCAAGUCUGCCUCCAGCGCAGAGGAGGAAGAGAAGGAGGUUUUCGUCCUCCAUGUUAAGGGGCGUGAAAGAUAUGAGAUGCUCAAAAGAAUUAAUGAUGGUUUAGAGCUGCUUGAUAGAGAGAGCAAAGUGAAAAAUAAAAAGCCAGAGGUGGCCUUGCCCUCUUCCGGCAAGAGGCUGAUGCAAAGAGGAGAGCGCAGCGAUAGUGACUGAAGAGCAUUUCGUCUAUCAUGAUGUCAUUUAUGUCUGCAUGUCCGUGCAUUAUGUUGAUCUAAUACAAGAAAACCAAAGAGCCUUUUUCUUGGUUUGUUUGAACAUUAUGAUCGGAAUUUGGUCAAAAAACAAAUGUAUGAUUACAGAUGAUCAUAAUUUACAAAGUCACUGCCGUUCAUUUUUAACUGUAUUCCAUGAUUAUAGCUAUUUUGUUUUCUUUUUAAUGUCUUUUUUGCAUGGGCCUUCUCCGGUUUACUCCCACAGUCCAAAAACAUGCAGAUUUGUGCAAAUUUGACACUCUAUAUUGACCCGUGAGAGUGAAUGGUUGUUUGUCUCUAUAUGGCCCUGUGAUGGACUAGCAACCUGUCCAGGGUAUACCCCACCUUUCAGGCUAUUUCAGCUGGGAUUGGCACCAGUGACCCUCAUGUGGAGGAUAAAGUGGUAGAAAAUGAAUGAUGUUUCCCUUGGUCACACAAUUUUUAAAAUCGUUUUACGGGGCUGGCUGGAUCACCCUCAAACAUAAUCUUAUAGUAUCAGUGAGUUUUUAUAUGCAAAACAUUUUUUUCCUUCAUCCCGGGGAAGAAAAAGCAGAGGGAGGAGAGAAAUUCUAAUACUUAGGCAAUUCAAAUUCACAGUACUUUUUAUUAUUUACAGGAUCAUGGUUUGUUUUUAGAUUUUCCUCUAGUUUAUCAUUUAAUCAGCUCUUCAGCGACCAAUCACUGUCAGUAAAAACUACUUUUUGAUUACCACUGCCAUUUUAGUAUACCAACGGCAUUCCUUA